UUAUAAGACUAGAAACCAUCUACUCAGAUGAGAAAAAUAUAUGAUAAUGAUUUUUUAACAUCGAUGUUGGUAUGGUUGAUUAGAAAGUCUUUUCUGACAUUGAAGACCCCUCAUCAUCACGGUAGCCAACUAUUCAGUUUAGAAAAUUGAGGACUCUUUUUCAAUCGAUGGAUCAUAAAAUACCUACACUAAUUUCUCCUGAAAAAUCAAAAGAAAAAAUUCAAAAAUCUUCUUCAGAGUUAAUUACAGUAACCGAAGAAAAGAAAAAAUAUAAAGAACGAAACAACUUAGUGACUAAACUGUUGAAAGAAGUAAACGAAUCUCAAAAAUAUUUUGAUACUCUACCUAAAAUAGCUGAAGAGUAUGUGGAGUUCAAAAAAGCACUAGACAAAUGCACAAAACGACUAGAAGAAUUAGAUAAUCAUUUAAAUUAUUUAAGAGAUUUAUACGAUUUGGCCGAUGAAUUUCAUGUACCAAUACCAGAUGAAGUUAUGAAUGAUUAUUAUAAUUUUUCUGAUGCAUUAACCGUUUUACAAUCAAGUGUUGAGCGAUUAAAUAGCGAUAUUAGAAAUGAAGUCAAUGAGCCAUGGUUAACAGAUGCUCAAUCAAAUAGUCAUGAAGUUAAAGUAUUUUUAAAGGAUUUGAAUGAACGUCUUAUCAAUUGUCAUGAAAAAUCUAAUUUAUACAAGUCGUAUCAAAAGUUCUUUCGAGUAGAAGUAACAAAAUUUGAUUUAUUAGAGGAAGCAAGUGAAGCAGUGAGACUUAGAAUAUUAUUAUGGGAUAGUUUAGAUGAAUGGGAUAAAAAUAUUCAAUGUUGGGAAGAAGAUAACUUUCAAAAUUUAGAUGUAGAAAAAGUAAAUGCGUUUCUUGCGCUUAAUUUGAAAUACUUAAUGCAAUUUAAAAAAGGUUUAUCUGAUUGUGAACUAAUAAACACAUUGAAAGAAAAAGUAUAUUCCUUUAAAGACAUAAUGCCAACAAUUAUUACACUAAGAAACCCAGAUUUAAGGGUCCAGCAUUGGCAUAAAAUCGAACAAUUACUCGGAGUAAAAUUUCCACAAAAUGAACCAUUAACAUUAGAAAUGCUUAAAGAAUACGAUACGUUUACAUAUAGUUCUUCACUUGCUGAAAUAUCUGGACAAGCAAGUUCUGAAGCAAUAUUAGAGGCGUUACUGAAAAAAGUUGAAGACUCGUGGAAAGGACUAGAUUUGAUUGUAUUACCUUAUAAAGAUUAUAAUGAUGUGUACAUAUUAGGAUCUUUAGAAGAUAUUCAAUUAGUAAUUGAGGAGGUUAAUAUAAACCUUAACACGAUUAUAACAUCAAAACACGUGGGAUUGAUUAAGUCAAGAGUUAUGGAUUGGAUUAAAUCAAUGGAAUUAAUUACAGAAAUUCUUUCAGAAUGGACAACAUGUCAAACAAAUUGGAUCUAUUUGGAAUCAAUUUUUGCUGCACCAGAUAUACAAAGACAACUUCCAAAUGAAACAAAAAUGUUUAAUCAAGUAAAUAGAUCAUGGAAAAAUAUAAUGAAAAAUGUAUCAAAAAAUCCAAUGGCAUUAACAACAUGUACUGACCAUAAACUUUUGAAUAUUUUUAAGAAAAAUAACCAACUUUUAGAUCAAAUAUUACUAUGUCUGGAAGCGUAUUUAGAAUCUAAACGAGUAAUAUUUCCGAGAUUUUACUUUUUGUCAAAUGAGGAACUGAUAGAGAUUAUUGCUCAAGCUCGAAAUCCAAGAGCUGUACAACCACACAUGAGCAAAUGUUUUGAUGCAAUUUGGAGAAUUCAAUUUGAUAAUGAUAAUGAAAUAGGUAUUCCUACUGUAAAUGAUAAUAAUUCCCCAACUGACAUAAUUGCCAUGAUAUCUUCUGAGAGAGAAUUAGUUAAGUUUUCAAUGGAAGUAAAAGCUAGAGGAAAUGUUGAAUUUUGGCUAUAUAGAGUGGAAGAAGCAAUGGUAGAUACAUUAAGAAGUUUAAUGGCAGUAGCCAUAGGAGAAUAUGAUAAAGUACCGAGAAAUAAAUGGGUUUUAAUGCACUCUGGCCAAGUAAAAUAA